CCAGUCAAGGACUCCUUGGACCUUCACCAGGUCUAUGGUGACACUGCCCUCGGAAAUGACGAGUCUGAGGUACUCAAUGCAGCACUGCUCAAACUUGCACUUUUCCAGUUUGAGGAAGAGCUUCCUCUUCCGCAACGUUUCCAGCACCUCCCACACAACCUUCUGGUGUUCCUCCGGAGUGGAUGUAAAAAUCAAGAUGUCAUCCAUGUAACAAAUAACAACUUCCCAGUCGAUGAAGUCCUGGAGGAUAUCAUUCAUCAUGGUUUGGAAAGUUGCAGGGGAGUUGCACAGCCUGAAGAACAUUACUGUGGGUUCAAACAGGCCCCAGUUAGUCGCAAACACUGCAAGCGGGGAGAAUGGCUGAAAAGGCUGCAGGGGCACAAGACCUCUGAACCUGAGCAGACCACCCUCACACACCACACAGGUAACGAAAGGGGGAGGAGCGAAACUGCAGCAUUGACAGACUCUGUCAGGGCAUACACCCUGACCUACCAUACCCGCAUCCACACCCGCACUCGCACCUGCACCCGCACCUGCACCCGGCUGUUGCACUCCCCACGCGCACCCUGUGCCGGACGCUCAGUGCAGCCGGAUGGCCCGGACCUCGGGUCUCGGGUCUCAUGUGACUUCCGGAUAUCUCCAGAAGUUUUCAAUGUAUUGUGGCCACUGUGGGAAGAUGAGAAGUUAACUUCCUUCUCAUCUCUGACCCACAGUAGAUUGUGCCCUGGAUAG